GAUGCUGCAAUAACUAACCUAAAGACACUGGUGUUUUAAAAAUUUGACAGUGUGUGUGUUGUGUGUAUCGAAAAACAAUCAAAACCAUCGUGACAGCUACAUACAUAUCCGUCAGACUAAAAACAAAAGUAUAAUAUAAAAUAUAUUGUAUAAUAUAAAGUAAAAUUGAUUUUAAUUUACAAUAAAUUAAGUCAUAAAUUAAAAAAUGUCGGACAAUAAAACACUAGAGGAGCGUAAUACUGUGAUACGCAAAAAAAUGCUAGACAUGCAGAACUUGAAAUUAGAGCCGAUGCCCGCGGAUUCGCCGUGGCUAAGACCAGCGCGAAUGAGCUUUUACCAAAACGGCGAGAAAAAAAAUUGGGACCUGUCACGAGUUCACGACAGCGUAUCAAUAAUAAUAUUUAAUGUAACACGAAAAAAACUUGUAUUUGUACGGCAAUUCCGUCCAGCAGCUUAUUACGCUAGUCUACCAGAAAAAUUCCAAGAUAUUAACACUGCUAAGUACCCACUAGAACAGGGUCUGACCUUGGAACUCUGUGCGGGUAUCGUUGAUAAAGAUUUGCCGCUUAUCGAGAUUGCGGGGAUUGAAUUACGCGAAGAAUGCGGAUAUGAAGCACCAUCAUCAGCUUUUACUCACAUCAUUACUUACCGUGACAUCGGCAGUACAACUGGCAAACGGACGAUUUUUUACGUUGAAGUGACUGACGAAAUGCGUAAGCAUCCGGGCGGAGGAGAUGAAUCAGAAGGCGAGUUAAUCGAAGUAAUUGAAAUGUCUCCGGAGGAAGCAAACGCUUACAUAUCGUCAGGUGAAGUUCAAAGUCCAGCAGGUUUUCUCUAUGGUGUCAUAUGGUUUUUGAACGCUAAGAAGGAUCGUUAUAGUUAGACCAUUCUCUAUACAAGCUACAUUUUUUCUAAUAAAUUUUCUUGUUAAAAUUUAAAAAGAUAAUUAAAAUAAUCACUGUUUUUUCAAGAUAAUUUAUUUACAAAAAUGUUUAUUUAUUUACAGAGGC